GUGAAGGAUGAGAAUAAGAUCCAGGAGGUGGUUGACCUGACGGACUACGAGCGUUCUGAGGAGCUCCGCAAGGCCAAGAGCCGCAGCAAGAAAAACCACAGCAAGUUCACCCUGCUGCGCUCCAGAAUCCCAGGCAAUACGGUGAGUCCACCGGAAGUCCCCACAUGAACCCAGAUCUAGAACCUUGCAAAGAGCAAACCUGUACCUCAAAGUACUGUACCACAAUAGCAACACAAUCAAUACUUACAUCUAAAACACACUGUUGAGAUGAGUUUCACGGUACUUUAGCCGGCUAUUAACAUAGUCAGAUCGGUUACAGCAGCCAGAUUGACAAGCUGAUUGACACUCACCUGACCCGGCUCACCGGACCGGGCCACCACACUGUACACCCUGUCCUUAGUCAUUAGCUAUGUUCCUCUUUGACUCUACUUAGCUCCUCCCACCUCCUAUGUCUCUGCCCAGAGACAAUGUCCUCCCUCUGUUCCCUCCCUCUGUUCCCUCCCUCUGUUCCCUCCCUCUGUUCCCUCCCUAUGUUCCCUCCCUCUGUUCCCUCCCUCUGUUCCCUCCCUCUGUUCCCUCCCUAUUCCCUCCCUCUGUUCCCUCCCUCUGUUCCCUCCCUCUGUUCCCUCCCUCUGUUCCCUCUAUUCCCUCCCUCUGUUCCCUCCCUCUGUUCCCUCCUUGUUCCUCCCUCUGUUUCCCUCCUAUGUUCCCUCCCUCUGUUCCCUCCCUAUGUUCCCUCCCUCUGUUCCCUCCCUCUGUUCCCCCUUCCCUCUAUCCCCUUGUUACCCUGUCCUCAACCUUUGUUCCCUCCCUGUUCCCUCCCUCUGUUCCGUCCCUAUUUCCCUCCUUGUUUCCCUUUUCCCUCUUGUUCCCUCCCUCUGUCCUCCUCUGUUCCCUCCCUUUUCCCUCCCUCUGUUCCCCCUCCCUCUGUUCCCCCCUCUGUUCCCUCUAUUCCCUCCCUCUGUCCCCUCCCUCUGUUCCCUCCUCUAUUCCCUCCCUCUGUUCCCUCCUCUGUUCCCUCCCUCUGUUCCCCUCCCUUGUUCCCUCCCUCUGUUCCCUCCCCUCUGUCCUCUGUUCCCUCCCUCUGUUCCCUCUAUUCCCUCCCUCUGUUCCCUCCUCUGUUCCCUCUAUUCCCUCCCUCUGUUCCCUCCCUCUUUCCCUCUGUUCCCUCCCUCUAUUCCCUCCCUCUGUUCCCUUUAUUCCCUCCCUCUGUUCCCUCCCUCUAUUCCCUCCCUCUGUUCCCUCCCUCUAUUCCCUCCCUCUGUUCCCUCCCUAUGUUCCCUCCCUCUGUUCCCUCCCUCUGUUCCCUCCCUCUGUUCCCUCCCUCUGUUCCCUCCCUCUGUUCCCUCUAUUUCCCUCCCUCUGUUCCCUCCCUCUAUUCCCUCCCUCUGUUCCCUCCCUCUGUUCCCUCCCUCUGUUCCCUCUAUUCCCUCCCUCUGUUCCCUCCCUCUGUUCCCUCCCUCUGUUCCCUCUGUUCCCUCCCUCUGUUCCCUCCCUCUGUUCCCUCUGUUCCCUCCCUCUGUUUCCCUCCCUCUGUUCCCUCCCUCUGUUCCCUCCCUCUGUUCCCUCCCUCUGUUCCCUCCCUCUAUUCCCUCCCUCUUUUUCCCCUCCCUCUAUUCCCUCCCUCUUUUCCCUCCCUCAUCCCCCUCCCUCUGUUCCCUCCCUCUGUUCCCUCCCUCUGUUCCCUCCCUCUGUUCCCUCCCUCUGUUCCCUCCCUUUCACAGGGACAUUGUGUUCCAGACUCACCACACCUCCAACUCCUACACCCAGUAUAUGAUCACCAACGCUGAUUGACAGACUAACUUGAGAAACAGAGUGAAAGUGUCACAUUUCCAAUGCUUGUAGACCAUUUGAAAUCUGACAGUUUACCAGUCCAGUUCACCUUUGAUACAUGAAAAGGCUCUUAUGGUGAGGCAGUGAUUCCCCCAUGUCCCCUACACACACUAGUGAUGGGCAUUUGACGUUUUUUUUAUGUUUGCGUACUCUUAUUUUUUUUUCGAGUACUAAAUCAUUAUUUUCUUUUAUAUGUAGAACACAAGGCCCGCACAGGAAAAAAAGAUGUGCCCAUUAAUCUAUAGGCCUAACUUGAAUGAUGCUUGGCUAGGUUUCUUUUUUGUUGUGCCCUGCAAAUGCACAUGUACAAAUGGAACACUAGAGUCAAAGCAAAUUAACGUUGUCUUCAAGACAACAAAACAUUUCCACACAACAUUUCUCUUUCCUGUUCGGGCAGCCACAAAGCACAAUCCAAAAAAUAGUUUUACAGUAAUAUUAUUAUUUUUUAUCUCUGGUUAAAGAUCAAGCUUUGACUUCCGUUUGAGUACUCGAUAACUCAUGCCCAUCCCUAACACACACAUGCACUCACAAAGCGGCACACACACACGUGCUUAUACACACGUGCUUGCACACGCACACACCAUCUGCAGGCUCUCCCAGAACUCCCCAGAGCAGCAGGAGGAUAGAGUAUCAUGUUGGGUUGUCAGGCCAGGAAGCUUGUGUUUCAGCACACAGACAGACACAGACUGAGAGAGAUUCUCAGAUUCUCCACACAGCUGCAGUUUCCUGUAGCCACAGUGGGAGAAAGAGCACCAUAUGGUCAUAUCUGUCUGUGAAUGUGUGCGUGAGUGAAUGGGUUUCUGGAAUGGUACCUAUCUGAAGGUAUCCCUUACAAGUGGUUUACUGAGAACUAUGCAUGUUAGGAUUUUCCACACUCCCUUCAUGCUCAGUAACACAAUAUUGUGCAAGGCCCUGGCUUCUUACAUUCCCUCUCUCUCUCUCCUUUGUGUCUGUCAGGUCCCUAACCUAGUGUUCCUGGCUGUUAGUCCAGAGGAGAAGGAGUCCUGGAUAAACGCCUUAAAUGGAGCAAUUACCAGAUCCAAGAACAGCAUCCUGGAUGAGGUGAGACACACCCCUCAGUGCACCUCCCCUCUCUUUCCCCUCUUCUUCUCUCUGUAGCUUUAUAAUCUCUUUCCCCUCUUACUCUCUCUGUAGCUUUAUAAUAUCUUUCCCCUCUUCUUCUGUCUGCAGCUUUAUAAUCUCUUUCCCCUCUUCCUCUCUCUGUAGCUUUAUAAUAUAUUUCCCCUCUUCUUCUCUGUGUGGUUUUAUAAUCUCUUUCCCCUCUUCCUCUCUCUGUAGCUUUAUAAUCUAUUUCCCCUCUUCCUCUCUCUGCAGCUUUAUAAUCUCUUUCCCCUAUUUCUCUCUCUGUAGCUUUAUAAUAUCUUUCCCCUCUUCCUCUCUCUGUAGCUUUAUAAUAUCACACAGCUUUAGAUGGCCCAAACUUUACAGGUCCCUAUCACACAGCUAUGGCCCAAUCUUUACAGGUCCCUAUCACAAAGCUAUAGAUGGCCCAAACUUUACAGGUCCCUAUCACACAGCUAUAGAUGGCCUUUAUAAUAUCUUUCCCCUCUUCUUCUCUGUGUGGCUUUAUUAUCUAUUUCCCCUCUUCCUCUCUCUGUAGCUUUAUAAUCUCUUUCCCCUCUUCUUCUCUCUGUAGCUUUAUAAUAUAUUUCCCCUCUUCCUCUCUCUGUAGCUUUAUAAUCUCUUUCCCCUCUUCCUCUCUCUACAGCUUUAUAAUCUCUUUCCCCUCUUCCUCUCUCUGUAGCUUUAUAAUAUCACACAGCUAUAGAUGGCCCAAACUUUACAGGUCCCUAUCACACAGCUAUAGAUGGCCCAAACUUUACAGGUCCCUAUCACACAGCUAUAGAUGGCCUUUAUAAUAUCUUUCCCCUCUUCUUCUCUGUGUGGCUUUAUAAUCUCUUCCCCCUCUUCCUCUCUCUGUAGCUUUAUAAUCUCUUUCCCCUCUUCCUCUCUAUGUAGCUUUAUAAUAUCUUUCCCCUCUUCCUCUCUCUGUAGCUUUAUAAUAUCACACAGCUUUAGAUGGCCCAAACUUUACAGGUCCCUAUCACACAGCUAUGGCCCAAUCUUUACAGGUCCCUAUCACAAAGCUAUAGAUGGCCCAAACAUUACAGGUCCCUAUCACACAGCUAUAGAUGGCCCAAACUUUACAGGUCCCUAUCACACAGCUAUAGAUGGCCUUUAUAAUAUCUUUCCCCUCUUCUUCUCUGUGUGGCUUUAUUAUCUAUUUCCCCUCUUCCUCUCUCUGUAGCUUUAUAAUCUAUUUCCCCUCUUCCUCUCGCUGUAGCUUUAUAAUCUCUUUCCCCUCUUCCUCUCUCUGCAGCGUUAUAAUCUAUUUCCCCUCUUCCUCUCUCUGUAGCUUUAUAAUAUCACACAGCUAUAGAUGGCCCAAACUUUACAGGUCCCUAUCACACAGCUAUAGAUGGCCCAAACAUUACAGGUCCCUAUCACACAGCUAUAGAUGGCCCAAACUUUACAGGUCCCUAUCACACAGCUAUAGAUGGCCCAAACAUUACAGGUCCCUAUCACACAGCUAUAGAUGGCCCAAACUUUACAGGUCCCUAUCACACAGCUAUAGAUGGCCUUUAUAAUAUCUUUCCCCUCUUCCUCUCUCUGUGGCUUUAUAAUCUCUUUCCCCUCUUCCUCUCUCUGUAGCUUUAUAAUAUUUUUCCCCUCUUCAUCUCUCUGUAGCUUUAUAAUCUCUUCCCCCUCUUCCUCUCUCUGUAGCUUUAUAAUAUCUUUCCCCUCUUCUUCUCUGUGUGGCUUUAUAAUCUCUUCCCCCUCUUCCUCUCUCUGUAGCUUUAUAAUAUAUUUCCCCUCUUCCUCUCUCUGUAGCUUUAUAAUCUCUUUCCCCUAUUCCUCUCUCUGUAGCUUUAUAAUAUAUUUCCCCUAUUCCUCUCUCUGUAGCUUUAUAAUAUCACACAGCUUUAGAUGGCCCAAACUUUACAGGUCCCUAUCACACAGCUAUAGAUUGCCCAAACUUUACAGGUCCCUAUCAAACAGCUAUGGCCCAAUCUUUACAGGUCUCUAUCACAAAGCUAUAGAUGGCCCAAACUUUACAGGUCCCUAUCACAAAGCUAUAGAUGGCCCAGACUUUACAGGUCCCUAUCACACAGCUAUAGAUGGCCCAAACUUUACAGGUCCCUAUCACACAGCUAUAGAUGGCCUUUAUAAUAUCUUUCCCCUCUUCUUCUCUGUGUGGCUUUAUAAUCUCUUUCCCCUCUUCCUCUCUCUGUAGCUUUGUAAUCUCUUUCCCCUCUUCCUCUCUUUGUAGCUUUAUAAUAUAUUUCCCCUCUUCCUCUCUCUGUAGCUUUAUAAUCUCUUCCCCCUCUUCCUCUCUCUGUAGCUUUAUAAUCUAUUUCCCCUCUUCCUCUCUAUGUAGCUUUAUAAUAUCUUUCCCCUCUUCCUCUCUCUGUAGCUUUAUAAUAUCACACAGCUUUAGAUGGCCCAAACUUUACAGGUCCCUAUCACACAGCUAUGGCCCAAUCUUUACAGGUCCCUAUCACAAAGCUAUAGAUGGCCCAAACAUUACAGGUCCCUAUCACACAGCUAUAGAUGGCCCAAACUUUACAGGUCCCUAUCACACAGCUAUAGAUGGCCUUUAUAAUAUCUUUCCCCUCUUCUUCUCUGUGUGGCUUUAUUAUCUAUUUCCCCUCUUCCUCUCUCUGUAGCUUUAUAAUCUAUUUCCCCUCUUCCUCUCGCUGUAGCUUUAUAAUCUCUUUCCCCUCUUCCUCUCUCUGCAGCGUUAUAAUCUAUUUCCCCUCUUCCUCUCUCUGUAGCUUUAUAAUAUCACACAGCUAUAGAUGGCCCAAACUUUACAGGUCCCUAUCACACAGCUAUAGAUGGCCCAAACAUUACAGGUCCCUAUCACACAGCUAUAGAUGGCCCAAACUUUACAGGUCCCUAUCACACAGCUAUAGAUGGCCCAAACAUUACAGGUCCCUAUCACACAGCUAUAGAUGGCCCAAACUUUACAGGUCCCUAUCACACAGCUAUAGAUGGCCUUUAUAAUAUCUUUCCCCUCUUCUUCUCUGUGUGGCUUUAUAAUAUCUUUCCCCUCUUCCUCUCUCUGUAGCUUUAUAAUCUCUUUCCCCUCUUCCUCUCUCUGUGGCUUUAUAAUCUCUUUCCCCUCUUCCUCUCUCUGUAGCUUUAUAAUAUUUUCCCCCUCUUCAUCUCUCUGUAGCUUUAUAAUCUCUUCCCCUCUUCCUCUCUGUAGCUUUAUAAUAUCUUUCCCCUCUUCUCUCUGUGUGGCUUUAUAAUAUUUCUUUCCCCUCUUCCUCUCUCUGUAGCUUUAUAAUCAUAUUUCCCCUCUUCCUCUCUCUGUAGCUUUAUAAUCUUUUCCCCCUAUUCCCUCUCUCUGUAGCUUUAUAAUCUCUUUCCCCUAUUCCCUCUCUGUAGCUUUAUAAUAUCACACAGCUUUUAGAUGGCCCAAAACUUUACAGGUCCCUAUCACACAGCUAUAGAUUGCCCAAACUUUACAAGGUCCCUAUCAAACAGCUAUGGCACCAAAUCUUUACAGGUCUCUAUCACCAAGCUAUAGAUGGCCCAAAACUUUACAGGUCCCUAUCACAAAGCUAUAGAUGGCACAGACUUUACAGGUCCCUAUCACACAGCUAUAGAUGGCCCAAACUUUACAGGUCCCUAUCAACACAGCUAUAGAUGGCCUUUAUAAUAUCUUUCCCCUCUUCUUCUCUGUGUGGCUUUAUAAUCUCUUUCCCUCUUCCUCUCUCUGUAGCUUUAUAAUCUCUUUCCCCUCUUCCUCUCUCUGUAGCUUUAUAAUAUAUAUUCCCUCUUCCCCCUGCUUAAUCUUCCCCUCUUCCUCUCUGUAGCUUUAUAAUAUCUUUCCCCUCUUCUUCUCUGUGUGGCUUUAUAAUCUCUUCCCCCUCUUCCUCUCUCUGUAGCUUUAUAAUCUCUUUCCCCUCUUCCUCUCUCUGUGGCUUUAUAAUCUAUUUCCCCUCUUCCUCUCUCUGUAGCUUUAUAAUAUAUUUCCCCUCUUCCUCUCUCUGUAGCUUUAUAAUCUCUUUCCCCUAUUCCUCUCUCUGUAGCUUUAUAAUAUCACACAGCUUUAGAUGGCCCAAACUUUACAGGUCCCUAUCACACAGCUAUAGAUUGCCCAAACUUUACAGGUCCCUAUCAAACAGCUAUGGCCCAAUCUUUACAGGUCUCUAUCACAAAGCUAUAGAUGGCCCAAACUUUACAGGUCCCUAUCACAAAGCUAUAGAUGGCCCAGACUUUACAGGUCCCUAUCACACAGCUAUAGAUGGCCCAAACUUUACAGGUCCCUAUCACACAGCUAUAGAUGGCCUUUAUAAUAUCUUUCCCCUCUUCUUCUCUGUGUGGCUUUAUAAUCUCUUUCCCCUCUUCCUCUCUCUGUAGCUUUAUAAUCUCUUUCCCCUCUUCCUCUCUCUGUAGCUUUAUAAUAUAUUUCCCCUCUUCCUCUCUCUGUAGCUUUAUAAUCUCUUCCCCCUCUUCCUCUCUCUGUAGCUUUAUAAUAUAUUUCCCCUCUUCUUCUCUGUGUGGCUUUAUAAUCUCUUCCCCCUCUUCCUCUCUCUGUAGCUUUAUAAUCUCUUUCCCCUCUUCCUCUCUCUGUGGCUUUAUAAUCUAUUUCCCCUCUUCCUCUCUCUGUAGCUUUAUAAUAUAUCUUCCCUCUUCCUCUCUCUGUAGCUUUAUAAUCUCUUUCCCCUAUUCCUCUCUCUGUAGCUUUAUAAUAUCACACAGCUUUAGAUGGCCCAAACUUUACAGGUCCCUAUCACACAGCUAUAGAUUGCCCAAACUUUACAGGUCCCUAUCAAACAGCUAUGGCCCAAUCUUUACAGGUCUCUAUCACAAAGCUAUAGAUGGCCCAAACUUUACAGGUCCCUAUCACAAAGCUAUAGAUGGCCCAGACUUUACAGGUCCCUAUCACACAGCUAUAGAUGGCCCAAACUUUACAGGUCCCUGUAACACAGCUAUAGAGUGCCCAGACUUUACAGGUCCCUAUCACACAGCUAUAGAUGGCCCAAACUUUACAGGUUCCUAUCGCAAAGCUAUAGAUGGCCCACACUUUACAGGUCCCUAUCACACAGCUAUAGUGGGGGGGGAAAGUAUUUAGUCAGCCACCAAUUGUGCAAGUUCUCCCACUUAAAAAGAUGAGAGAGGCCUGUAAUUUUCAUCAUAGGUACACGUCAACUAUGACAGACAAAAUGAGGAAUAAAAAUCCAGAAAAUCACAUUGGCCCAUUCCUCCAUGCAGAUCUCCUCUAGAGCAGUGAUGUUUUGGGGCUGUCGCUGGGCAACACGGACUUUCAACUCCCUCCAAAGAUUUUCUAUGGGGUUGAGAUCUGGAGACUGGCUAGGCCACUCCAGGACCUUGAAAUGCUUCUUACAAAGCCACUCCUUCGUUGCCCGGGCGGUGUGUUUGGGAUCAUUGUCAUGCUGAAAGACCCAGCCACGUUUCAUCUUCAAUGCCCUUGCUGAUGGAAGGAGGUUUUCACUCAAAAUCUCACGAUACAUGGCCCCUUUCAUUCUUUCCUUUACACGGAUCAGUCGUCCUGGUCCCUUUGCAGAAAAACAGCCCCAAAGCAUGAUGUUUCCACCCCCAUGCUACAUAGUAGGUAUGGUGUUCUUUGGAUGCAACUCAGCAUUCUUUGUCCUCCAAACACGACGAGUUGAGUUUUUACCAAAAAGUUCUAUUUUGGUUUCAUCUGACCAUAUGACAUUCUCCCAAUCCUCUUCUGGAUCAUCCAAAUGCACUCUAGCAAACUUCAGACAGGCCUGGACACGUCUGGCACUGCAGGAUUUGAGUCCCUGGCGGCGUAGUGUGUUACUGAUGGUAGGCUUUGUUACUUUGGUCCCAGCUCUCUGCAGGUCAUUCACUAGGUCCCCCCGUGUGGUUCUGGGAUUUUUGCUCACCGUUCUUGUGAUCAUUUUGACCCCACGGAGUGAGAUGUUGCGUGGAGCCCCAGAUCGAGGGAGAUUAUCAGUGGUCUUGUAUGUCUUCCAUUUCCUAAUAAUUGCUCCCACAGUUGAUUUCUUCAAACCAAGCUGCUUACCUAUUGCAGAUUCAGUCUUCCCAGCCUGGUGCAGGUCUACAAUUUUGUUUCUGGUGUCCUUUGACAGCUCUUUGGUCUUGGCCAUAGUGGAGUUUGGAGUGUGACUGUUUGAGGUUGUGGACAGGUGUCUUUUAUACUGAUAACAAGUUCAAACAGGUGCCAUUAAUACAGGUAACGAGUAUAGGACAGAGGAGCCUCUUAAAGAAGAAGUUACAGGUCUGUGAGAGCCAGAAAUCUUGCUUGUUUGUAGGUGACCAAAUACUUAUUUUCCACCAUAAUUUGCAAAUAAAUUCAUUAAAAAUCCUACAAUGUGAUUUACUGGAAAACAUUUUCUCAUUUUGUCUGUCAUAGUUGACGUGUACCUAUGAUGAAAAUUACAGGCCUCUCUCAUCUUUUUAAGUGGGAGAACUUGCACAAUUGGUGGCUGACUAAAUACUUUUUUUCCCCACUGUAUGGCCCAAACUUUACAGGUCCCUAUCACACAGCUAUAGAUGGCCCAAACUUUACAGGUCCCUAUCACACAGCUAUAAAUAGGAGAAGCAGAAACACUCUCACUCUGACUAUCCAAAUCCAUGACAUCACUGUUAAAGAAACAGAAUGAAUAUAGAAUUGAGCGACUUUCACAUAAAAAACUAACAUUUUAGAGGACAAAUGGUCAGGCGUGUGGAUGGGCUCAGAACAACAGCACCAGCACUGUGAGAGGUAUCAGUUACCUCCAGGGCUCCAGUGUCUCUGCUGCUCAAUAGCCUGAUGACAUCAGAGACGGGACUCACUCUUCCAUCAGGAUGGGGUUUCAUUGCUCUCAACUGUAGGGUUAUCGCAGGUGGAGUCCUACAUGAUGGUACACACAUACUGUAGAUCUAUGUUGAUAAAACCGCAUUGAAUCACAAUUUAGCAUUGUUUGAAAGUGUUGUGUACAAAUAAUGUAUGUGUAUAUUAGCUAACCUAGUGCCCUUAAAUACACCCUUAUACUGAACGCAUUACCCUGACAAGACAUCCUCCAAAAUUCUAUUCAAUCUGUGGAUUCCUCCUGGUCGGCUGUACCACAUAGAAAUGCUAGAUUGACUUUAGAAUAUUGUCCUACAAUAGAUGCACUAGAUACAUGUUGACAAUUGGAUUUGGGACAAUUGCUGAUCCGAGGUUUUUGUCAAAGGAAGAUGAACAAGACAUCUGGAUGAGUAUGGGCUUUGUCAUUGGUUGUCAUGUCAGAAAGCAAUAAGGCAGGUCAUAGCUGUAACUGCAUACUUUCCAUGAUUGUGGAGCGACAAGCUAACAAAAUAACACUGUAGUAUGUUUGGCAGAACAUAACAGCUGCAUGCAUCAUAUAAUCACCAUUUAAACCCACUCUGUGUUAUGUCCAACACCGGAGAUGGAUAAUGGAUCAUGUUGGCAAACAAAUGAAAUCCUUUAAAGCUUGAGGAAUGAGUGGUACUUUGCUGUAAUGGAAUGACUCUACUUUGCCUGCACCCAAAACCCCUAACCACCCCUCUAAAACCCCUAACACCCCUCUAAAACCCCUAACCUCCCCUCUAAAACCCCCAACCGCCCCUCUAAAACCCCUAACCUCCCCUCUAAAACCCCCAACCGCCCCUCUAAAACCCCUAACCACCCCUCUAAAACCCCUAACCACCCCUCUAAAACCCCUAACCACCCCUCUAAAACCCCUAACCACCUCCCCUCUAAAACCCCCAACCUCCCCUCUAAAACCCCCAACCACCCCUCUAAAAACCGCCCCUCUAAAACCCCUAACCGCCCCUCUAAAACCCCUAACCUCCCCUCUAAAACCCCUAACCUCCCCUCUAAAACCCCUAACCUCCCCUCUAAAACCCCUAACCGCCCCUCUAAAACACCUAACCUCCAUUUCCUAAAAUACAGAUAAGCCACAUGUUGUCACAUAAAGACCUAAAUUCAAUACUCAACCCCAUGACUCUGUAUUGAGGACACAAGGCUCUUAGGGUGGGUGACUGGGUGUAGUCACAGGGCACAUAUUCUGGUCUGCUCCAUAUUUUCUCCUUCCACCUGAUAAUGUAAAUGGUUAAAAGCUUUCAGAUGCAAUUGACAAUAUGACUUUGAUAUUAGACAUAAAAUCCCAGCGGAUAAAAGAUUACAUUGCUUAGUCCUACUAGCCAGUGAAUAAACGACACUCCAGCUGAACUUGCUUCAUCAGUGGAGACGGUGUUAUCACUAGAUGACAGUGUAGAGGUGUUGGUCGUCAGUGUGGCUAUAGGUUAGCUAUAGGUUAGCUAUAGGUUAGCGGCCUGUUUCCCAAGGCCUUAUGCAAUAUGUUGUGGCCCAUUUCGCCCAGUGAAUCACAUGCCUGUAGAUAAUCAAUCAAUGAUUAGGCCGAUAAUAAUGAUCAAUAAACUACCCAACCCACUCCAACACAAACACAGCCCUCAGGCUAAUGUGAAAGCAUGUCAAUCCCCUCACUCCACGUGACUGUUUCAUUAUCUCUCUCUCUCUCUCUCUCUCUCUCUCUCUCUCUCUCUCUCUCUCUCUCUCUCUCUUGUUCUCUUUCUUUCUCUCUUUCUUUCUUUCUUUUCUUUCUUCUUUCUUUCUUUCUUUCUUUCUUUCUUUCUUUCUUUCUUUCUUUCUUUCAGGUCAUGGUUGAGGAUGAAAACCUUCUGUCCCAUCUCACACGGGACCGGGCUAAGAUCCCUCACACACGGCGCCUGCCUACACGAGGACACAUCAUGGCUGUGGUAGGUAUCCUGCUUCUCCUGGCCUGUCUUGUCUUAUGUCUCCUUAUUACCACAACGGCUGGUUGGAGACAAUUCCAACUCGGUCAAUUGAGCUUUAAUUCAAUGAGUCAGUUGGACAUGGUAAUGAUCAAACUACUUUCAACAGGGAUUUUUGAUUAGUUUAAUCCGAUUCAUUUCCUACCUUAACUAAAUCACAAUGGGCCUUACCCUGAUCUCAGUCUUUCUCACUGUGUCUGAUAUCACUAACAGACUGUUUCUCCCUGCUCCGUAUCCAGACCUCCACUUCUACCUCUGACGGCAUGUUGACCCUUGACCUGAUCCAGGAGGAGGCCAGCCCCAGCACAGACGGCCAGGACACCUGUGACAAGAGCUUCCGGGUCAACCUGGACAAAUCCACCCAGCUCGAUUGCCUCAGGUCCAAAACAGAGGGUGCCAUCAGUAGCAUCUGCCUAGCGACUCCCGCAGAGGUCACUGGGAAGUCCCAGAGUCUGCCGCGCGAUACCGCGGUAGCCUGGGACGAUAAACAGCAACUUCAGAGCCCGAUGGAGAAAUCCUGCACCCCUCAGCCGGGCAAGAGGCUCACAUCGGCCGAGAAAAGCCGCUGCGCCUCCAUGGACGAGAUCCUCUCGCACUCCGAGACACGGGCCACCAAACCCAGGACAUCCCUCCCCCGCUCUGCGACCUCCGCCCCCCUGGGCAACCUGCCGCCCAUCAGCCAGCUGCAGGACCUCAUCGCUCAGAAGCUGGAGAGAACUCAGGAGCUGCUGACGGAGGUGCAGGGGGCGAAGGGGGAGGAGGUGCAGGGGGCGAAGGGGGAGGAGGUGCAGGGGGCGAAGGGGAAAGGGAAGGACUCGCCAGGUUCCAAGGGCUCCAGGGGUUCCUCAGACAUGGCCCGGGCGGAGGCUGAGAGGCUGCUGAAGGAGGCAGCGUCCACAUGGGGUCAGGCCAAGGAGGUUCUAGAGGAGGUGAAGGAGCUGAGGGCGCUCUAUCGUCAGCUGGACUCUCUGCCCACCACCCCCACCUCCCUAUCACCCCUCACGCCCUCCAACAGUGGCAAGCAGACUGACUACAGGAAGAGCAUGAUGUGA